CCUAAUGGAAAGAAUCCGUAUUUGUCGCGGCGCCUCAACAUGCUCUCAGCUUUCACGGCUCGACCCAUCAUCGAGCUCAAGCAGCGCGACAAGUCCAAGAUCGAGUCCAUCCUCGCCUACGGCGAUAGAGUGCUUGUAGGCUUGAACACCGGUUCCCUACGCAUAUACCGCGUCAACGAGUUCACCGAAGACGACGAGCCCGUGCAGAAUGGCGACCAGGACGGCGAUCAGCCCGAACCGACAACCCCCAAGGUCAAGCCGGCGGAUCUCCUUCGCGAGGAGGAGAAGUUCUCGCGUCGACCAAUACAGCAACUAGCGAUCAUUAAGGAAGCCAAUAUCCUCGUGUCGCUCUCGGACAAUCAUGUCUCGAUCCACGAUCUGCAGACGUAUGCGCUGCAGGAGAAGUUGGAGAAGACAAGAGGCGCUGCAACGUUCGCCGCUGCAAGCAAUAUCGUGAAGGAUCCGAGUACGGGCAUACCAUCUAUAGUGAGCAGGCUGGCUGUUGCCGUGAAGAGGAAGAUUAUACUGUGGACAUGGCAGGACAUGGAGCUGAGCGGAGAUGCCACCGAAAUCACACUAGUCGCGUCGGUUAAGAGCCUGACAUGGGCAACGGGGACAAAGAUCGUUGCUGGUAUGGACCCCGGCUUCGUCAUAGUCGAUGUCGAGAGCCAGAACGUCCAGGAUAUUGUAAAGCCCGGCGCGUUGGGCGAAGCUGGGGGCCAGGGUGGCACACGGUUCGGCGCAGUCUCGUCCUCGGGCAUGGGAUACAUGGGAAUGGGCAGCUGGGUGCCGAAACCAUUGGCGACACGACUGGGCGAGGGCGAAAUGCUGCUGGCGAAGGACGUCAACAGCUUGUUCAUCGACACGGACGGGAAUGCGCUCGAUAAGCGACAGGUUCCGUGGCCAUCUGCUCCGGAGACUCUCGCAUAUUCCUAUCCAUACAUGCUCUCUCUGCAACCACCAUCGAAGGGAGGCCUUGAAGUCAGGAAUCCAGACACGCUCAGCCUCUUGCAGACGAUCGCGCUUCCAAACGCAAAUUUUGUCCAUGUUCCACAACCCAACAUCAGCCUUGCCCAUGCAGGCAAGGGAUUCUUGGUUGCAAGCGACCGGUGCAUUUGGCGAAUGGGAGCGCAGAACUACGAGUCGCAGACCGACGAGCUGGUUCUGAAUGGGCGGUAUGACGAGGCGCUCAGCCUUCUCAAUAUGUUAGAGGACACUCUUCUCCACGACAAGGAAGGCAGGAUGCGAGAAAUCAAGAUGCUCAAAGCCCAAGCGCUCUUUGACCUCCGCAAGUUUCGCGACGCAAUGGACUUGUUCACGGAUGCCAAAGCUCCGCCGGAGCGCGUCAUCGCUCUCUAUCCCAAGUCGAUUGCGGGGAGUUUCUUGUCAACGGAGAGCGUGAAGGACGGAGAGAGUGUUGCAGAUGAGGCAGAAGCAAACGGGGACAAGAGCGCUGCAGACAGCAAAGAAGUCCCCUCAACACCAGCCUCGACUAUUGGCCGGUCGGUGAUGGGUCGGUUCGUGGGACACAGGAAGGCUGAGUCUGACGCUGCAUCAGUAAGGUCCGCGCCCAAGGACGAUGCGACCGAUACUGCAAGCAUCAAGGGGAAAACCUCGGAAACUAUCUUGCCGGAUAGGAACCUUGAGGGCAAGGAGCUCAAGAUCGCCGUACAUGCACUCCAGUCCUUCUUAGCACAAUGCCGCGUUCAAAUCAAACGAUAUAUCGACACCGACGGCAUACUCAAGGAGCCUUUGCCCCAGCCGAGUGCAAGUCAGGCGGAUGAGUACAAGCCUCCGUUCCACUACUUCAUACAAACAACUGCGCCACCUGGGAAGGUCGACUGGGCUGCUGAGCUUCUCAAGGUCGCACAGCUGGUGGACACCACUCUCUUCCGAGCAUAUAUGCUUGCUAGCCCAAGUCUCGCAGGCCCACUCUUCCGACUGCCAAAUUUCUGUGAACCGGAUGUGGUUAAUGAGAAGCUGUACGAAACCGGGCGUUAUGCGGAUCUGAUAGACUUUUUGCAUGGGAAGAAGCUACACCGCCAUGCACUUGAGCUGCUGGAGAAGUUUGGCAAAAAUGAGGCUGAUGAGGAAGUCGCACCAGCGCUCCAGGGACCACAGCGUACGGUCGGUUACUUGCAGCAACUUCCGCCUGAGAUGAUCGACCUGAUACUUGAGUUCGCCGAAUGGCCAUUGCGAACCGAUCCAGCACUAGGGAUGGAAGUCUUCCUCGCAGACACUGAGAACGCCGAGACGCUUCCCCGAAAUCGGGUAGUAGAUUUCCUUCAGCAAAUCGAUCACAAGCUCGCCGUCCAGUACCUCGAGCACAUCGUCGAAGAGCUCAACGACCUGACUCCGGACUUCCACCAACAACUUGUGGAUCUUUUCCUUGAGCGGCUCAGGAGUGGUGAUUUUGAGAACGAAGAACAGAAGGAACAGUGGAGGCAGCGCCUACAGGCGUUCCUGAAGACGAGCGCGGAGUAUAACAAGUACCGCGUGUUGAAGCAACUGCCUCCUGAUGACCCUGAUUACUAUGAGUCGCGAGCGAUUGUGCUGAGCAAGAUGGGCCAGCACAAGCAGGCACUGCGGAUCUAUGUGUUUCAGUUGAAGGACUAUGAGAAAGCUGAGGAAUAUUGCAACCAAACGUAUCUUGCCGCACCUCAGCCGCAGUCUCCUACCAGAGCCUUCCAGCCGUCUUCAACAGGCCCGACUCUGGCGAGCUAUGAUGACGCCGAACCUUCGAUAUAUCACACCCUCCUCUCACUCUACCUCACACCUCCACCUCCACACCAACCGAAUUGGCCGCCGGCUCUCGAGCUCUUGAGCAAGCACGGUGCACGUCUCCCUGCAAACGUGACAUUGGAUCUCGUUCCUGCUACCCUCCCUGUCAAAGAACUCGAAUCAUACUUUCGCGGACGGAUACGCAACGCAAACUCCGUUAUGAACGAAGAGCGCAUCGUCGCUCGACUCCGCGGCGUGGAAAAGGUAGAGAUUGAGGCUGCGGUACUGCUCGGUGAGGGCAAGGUCGAUGCGCACGGCAGGAGGAUACCGGGCGGAUUGAACAGGAGGGUCGUCAUUGAUGAGGAUCGGCAUUGUGCGGUUUGUCAUAAGAGGUUCGGCGGUAGUGCGAUUCGCGUGUAUCCGGAUAAUAGUGUGGUGCACUCGGGAUGCUUAAGGGGCAGCAUUGGGAAGAAGAAUAAUGCCACUUCUUGGAGGUAGGUUGUGUAUAGGACUUGUUGCGUAGCUGGGCGGUAUGUCGAGUAUAGAGUGCGUUUGAUACCCGGUGUAGAAUGCAAUCCGUCUAU